AUGGCAACACUUUCUUGCAACGUUUCAGUGCGAUCAGAGAGAUCAAGCUUCCUCCCACCAUUUUUUCCAUCUUCUUCUUCUUCUUCUUCUUCUUCUUCUUCUUUAUCUCAAAUUUUCUGCCAUCGUGCUUAUUUCCCUCACACUUCAAAAGCUUCAUAUUUUCCCCUCAAAAUAUCGUGCCGUGCCACUUCCAUUGAAUCAGCUUCUGUUGUGGAAAAAACCAAGGUGAAGGAUUUUCUUCAUAUAAAUGAUUUUGACAGGGACACUAUAAAGAAGAUCUUGAAUAGAGCCAUUGAGGUGAAAGAAUUAAUAAAAUCAGGGGACAAGACAUUUCAACCAUUUAAAGGGAAAACAUUGGCAAUGGUAUUUGCAAAGCCAUCAUUGAGAACACAUGUAUCAUUUGAGACUGGCUUUUCAUUGUUGGGUGGACAUGCUGUUUAUUUAGCACCUGAGGAUAUCCAAAUGGGAUCGAGGGAGGAGACUCGCGAUGUUGCUCGCAUCUUGUCUCGUUUUACUGACAUUGUUAUGGCUCGUGUUUUUACUCAUGAGGACAUACUUACUCUUUCAAAGUAUGCAACUGUACCAGUCGUCAAUGGACUGACAGAUUACAAUCACCCCUGCCAGAUAAUGGCUGAUGCCAUUACUGUAAUUGAGCAUCUUAGUCGGAUUGAAGGCACCAAGAUUGCGUAUGUUGGAGAUGGAAACAAUGUUGUCCAUUCAUGGCUGGAGCUGGCAAGCUUAUUUCCUAUUCACUUCACCUGUGCAACUCCAAAGGGCUUUGAACCAGAUGCAAAAACAGUUGAGAAGGCGUGCCAAGCUGGAAUCAGCAAGAUUGUGAUAACUAAUGAUCCCAAAGAGGCAGUCAAAGGAGCUGAUAUUGUUUAUACAGAUGUCUGGGCAAGUAUGGGGCAAAAGGAAGAGGCUCAAAAGCGUCGUUUGAUGUUCAAAGGAUUUCAGGUGGACCAGAGUCUCAUGGAUUUAGCUGGCUCAAAUGCAUUAUUCAUGCAUUGCUUGCCAGCAGAAAAAGGAGUGGAGGUGACCGAGGAAGUUAUUGAAGGUCCAAAGUCAAUUAUAUUCGCGCAAGCUGAAAAUCGAUUACAUGCACAGAAUGCUAUAAUGCUUCAUGUGCUUGGCGAGUAACUAGUAAGCAUGGUGAGAGAUAAUCAUCUUGCCCGAAUAAAAUAAAACUGGUUUUACGUCCAGAGUUGGCACUUUGAGAUGAUGAGUCUAUAUAGCAUCCAAUGAAGAAAUGUCAAGUUGUAUGUAAUUGCAAGUUUAGUUUCGGUUCUCUGUUAUCUAUAUGUUUCCUCUGUGGGUACUAUUAUCAUUGUUAUCAAUUGGAAUCGUCUGUCAAACAUGUUAUUUAUGGGAUCAUGUAUUUGACUUGUAUUGUAUCAUUUAGAGUUCUAAAAAAAAGCUGUGAAUUGGACCAAUCAAGCAGACAUACCUAAGAAGAAAUUGACUAAGUUGCCUCUAUAUAUUACUACUUUUUACACUAUUCACAUCUCUAUCUUUUCAGCCUAGAGGAUGUUAAGUUACUUUGUCAGUUAGCUA